GCUCCGGAAUCCCGGCAGCCGGGUCUUGUGGGAGCGGAGCGGAGCAUGCGCAGUGCGCCGGGGCGGCCGGGGCUGCGGCGAGGCCUAGUGCAAACGCCGAGCGCCAGAGGCGCGGAUCCGCCCCGCGCGGGUGGACAGGAUGAGGAGCCGUAAGAAGCAUUUACAUUGGCGCUAGAAGCGGGGGCGCCCCAGAAGACAUGUCGUACCGAGGCAGCGAGCGGGACUUCCAGACUUCAGCCAGGAGGAUGGGAACCUCGUUGCUCUUCCAGCUCUCUGUCCAUGAGAGAGAGCUGGACCUGGUAUUCUUGGACCACAGCUAUGCCAAGCCAUGGAGUGCCCACCCCGAUGCUAGCAGUGCCCGGCCUACUCGGAUGCUCUUUGUCACUCCCAGGAGGCACCAAGACAGCACCAUUGAGGUGGAUGUCCCCAUCGACGUGGAGACUGUCACACCCACGCCUGUCCCCCUGUACGACAACCAGAAAGCGCGCAGUGUGAUGAACGAGUGUGAGCGCCACGUCAUCUUUGCCCGUACAGAUGCCGAUGCCCCUCCUCCGCCCGAUGACUGGGAGGAACACAUGAACAGGUCGGGUUGGACGAUGGCCCAGAACAAGCUAUUUAAUAAAAUCCUUAAAGCCCUGCAAUCUGACAGGCUGGCCCGCUUGGCCAAUGAAGGGGCUUGCAAUGAGCCAGUGCUGAGGAGGAUAGCAGUGGACAAGUGCGCCCGGCGGGUCCGCCAAGCUCUGGCCAGUGUGAACUGGGACACCAAGCUGAUCCAGUGGCUUCACACCACACUGGUGGAGACGCUCAGUUUACCUAUGUUGGCUGCUUACCUGGAUGCUCUGCAGACACUUAAGGGAAAGAUCCCCACCCUGAUUGACAGGAUGCUGCUCUCGUCCACCACAAAGACAGGGGCAGCAGGGGCUGAGGCUCUCUCCCUCCUCCUGAAGAGACCAUGGGACCCAGCUGUGGGUGUCUUGUCACAUAAUAAACCUAGCAAGUUGCCUGGUUCUCCUCUCAUCCUGAUUGCGUCUUCCGGACCCUCCAGUUCUAUGUUCCCCACCUCUCGCCGGCACCGGUUCUGGCAGUCGCAGCUCUCCUGCCUGGGAAAGGUGAUCCCUGUUGCCACCCACCUGCUGAAUAAUGGUAGCGGGGUGGGAGUGUUGCAGUGUCUUGAACACAUGAUUGGUGCAGUCAGAGGCAAAGUGCUGGAGAUUCACAACCAUUUCACCCACAAGCCGAUCAUCCUGAUUGGAUGGAACACAGGAGCCUUGGUGGCCUGUCACGUCUCAGUGGUGGAGUACGUCACCGCAGUUGUGUGCCUUGGAUUCCCUCUGCUCACAGUGGAUGGGCCCAGAGGGGAUGUGGAUGACCCCCUGCUGGACAUGAAGACGCCAGUUCUCUUUGUGGUUGGUCAGAAUUCUUUGCAGUGCAACGCUGAAGCUAUGGAAGAUUUCCGAGAGAAAAUCCGAGCUGAUAACAGCCUGGUGGUGGUGGGAGGAGCUGAUGACAAUCUGAGGAUAAGCAAAGCCAAAAAGAAGGCGGAAGGCCUGACCCAGAGCAUGGUGGACAGAUGCAUCCAGGAUGAAAUAGCUGACUUCCUGACCGGAGUCCUCACCCGCGCGGACAACCAUUCAGGCUCCGACCCCAGGGACCUCGAUGCCGAGAAAAAGAAGAAACCACGUGACUUGACCAGGAGGGACCUGUCGUUUGACUUGCCAGAAAGAACCAGCAGUCCCACCUCCCCGGCAGCCAAGGUGCCGGCCUCACCUUCUGGCUCAGAGGAUCUGUCCAGUGUCUCCAGUAGCCCCACCUCGAGUCCCAAAACCAAAAUGGCUGCUGUAUCAUCUGUCCAGAAGUCCAGCCAGAUGGGUGCCACCCAGCUGCUGAAGAGACAUGUGCAGAGAACAGACGGGGUCCUGACACACAAGCAGGCACAAGCUCAGUUUGCUGCUUUUCUGAAACAAAACAUGCUGGUGAGGAAAGCUCUUCCUCCUGGCACCUCUUCAUGUCUCUUUGUUCCAGUCUCCUCAGAGCAGCCAGAAGCGACUGAGAAAGAAGAUGUGCGAAUGCAGCUGAAGAGACAUCAAACCCCCAGCCCGACCCAUUGCAGCAAAUCCUCCAAGCGAGCCAAAAUCAAGGUGACCAUUGUCUCCCACGGGGAAGCUGCUGGCACGGGGAAUGGAGCACCCCUCAUUGCACAGCCGGAAAGUGUGCCAGGAAAGCCCCCCACCAUGACCGUAGGCCAGUCUGGGUCAGGCGUAAAGGAGUUCUCGGGACUACUUACCACCACCAAGCUGAAUUCUGUGGCGGAAACCCCCACCCUCAGCUCUACCCCCUCGGCCAUGAUCCCUAGCAGCACAGCUCCCAGCGCCUUCCAUUCCUUGCAGAGCAGGCUCGUGGCCAGCAGUGCCCACUGCAGGCAGGCCCAGCCUAGCAACGCGCUCCAAGGAGCAGCGUCUGCUAGCAGCCUCCUGCAGGGACUGAGCUUCAGCCUGCAGGACAUCGGCACCAAGUCACCAGCCCUUCCAGCGAGUGUAGCAUCCGUGGGGCCAUCCAUACAGACCUCAGCUGGGAAGACACCAGCACCUAUCCAGAGUUUGAGUGCCAUAACCACGGGCACUGGGACAAUCGUCCGCACCAUUCCAGUCGCCACAUCCUUGUCGUCUCUUGGAGCCUCGGGGAGCGGGAAGCCCACAGCUAUUCACCAGUUGCUGACCAACGGCGGGCUGGCCAAGCUGGCCAGCAGCCUUCCUGGCUUGGCUCAGAUCUCCAAUCAAGCGGCAGGCUUGAAGGCUCCAACCACCAUUACAGUGACCCUACGGGGGCAGCCUAACCGUGUCACUACCCUGAGCCAAGCGGCUGUGGGGACUAUCCAGCCCCAGCUGGAGGAGCAGCAGCUGCAAACUCAGACACCUCAGGAGUGAGCCCUGCUGCUGUUGGAAGAAGGUUGUAGACUCCUGACCUGUCAAGUUCCCUCCCUGGGAAAGAGACUCAGGGCACCGUCCUCCCAGCCCCCAGCUGUGUCUUGUCCUGGGGCUGAAUCCAGAACACAAGCUGCCUUUGUUAGAGGCAGAUUUGUUUAGUGAAGAAGCAGUUAAUGGUGUCAGAUGUUCCAGGCUUGUGAUCUCAGAUCUGCAGUGGCAAAUUUCAGCCCAAGGCUGAGUUCAGAAAGGAAACGAGCAGCUAGAACAUGUUAAGAAGAGGGUGAAAUCUCCAGGGCAGACGUCAGUUUGCAGUUGAGACGUAGAUUUGCAGAUGUCAAAGCCAGAAAGGACCAUUUUGCGCAUUCCAGCCUGAGCUGCCUAACCCAGGCCAGAGACCCUCACCCAUUGUUCACCAUCGGCAAAGUUGCAACCCUCAUAGACUGUAAGGUCAGAAGGGACUAUUCGAAUCAUCUACUCUGACCCCCUGCACAUCACAGGGCACAGAACCUCGCCCACCCACCCCUGUAACAGCCCCUGAACCUCUGGAUGAGUUACUGAUGUCCUCAAACCAUGGUUUAAAGAGGUCAAGUUACCGAGAACCACCAUUUACGCUAGUUUAAACCUGCAAGUGACCCGUGCCCCACGCUGCACCGGAACCCUAAGGCCUUCAGCACCACAGCACAAGUUGCUCCCACUUGGGCCCCAGGGCUGACUCGGUGACAGCCACGCCUGUCCUUUAGGCCCUGCUCUGCAAACUGAGGAAGUGCAGGAGCCAAGUGAGAAUCUUAACGGAUUGUGCUGUGCUCCGUGUGAACCCCUCCUGACUGGCUCAGCUGCCCCCGUCAGAGGCUGCAUCGCAGGGUGCUGGUGUUGAAGGCCUGUGUCAGGGCUAGAGCAACCUGGGUCUGCCUCUCCGUUUUGUCUUUUGACAUAGGGAAACUGCAGGGUGAGGAAGGUGUGACUGGGCAAGGACGGGGCCUGCACCGUGAUCCCCGUGAGACUUCCGAGGCCUGUCUGGCUGAGGUUUGGGUAUUACUCAGACUCUUAGAAACCAAUUAUCUACUGGGCACCUGCCAUAUAAAAGAGCAAGACAGUCCAAGUUCCCGUGUGUGUGAAUGUGUUGCUUCUAGAGGUCAAAAAGGGACACCAAGAGUCCUCAAGCCUGUUGGGAACCACCUCAAGAAUUUGGGAAAAAGCAGCAAAAGACUGGAGAGAAAUCUUGGGCGAGUUUUCAGAUCUCUCUGAAAGCCGAGAGAGACACAAGUGACGUUGUUAACGUUUUUACAAGGCAUCUGUGGAAGAGUCAGGGCUGAGUUUAACUUCAGCUGUUGAGGUAGCUCCUGAAAACUACCAUUGGACACAGGAACAUGUGGGAAGAUACCCCUCUGAAUUACAGGUCACUGGCGUGGGCUCCUGCAAAGAUCCUUCAUAACAAACCGGUAUUUGAUUAAAGGUCUGCCAAAGAGCUGCCUGAAAAUAGUGCACAUUAUUUACCUGCACCGGAAAGGGACAUAUUUACUGCCAUAUUACAGAGUCUGUCACUCUCUGGGCUGAGCAAAGGGAUUAGCAGCAUGCCAAGGCUUCUGUAUUUGGUUGAUUUGUCUCCUCUGUUUUAUAUUAUUUUCCUGAUUCUAAUCCGUAAAUUACGGUGGAAGGCCCUGUUGUGCCAGGUGCUGCACAGACAUUGAGGUGGACACAGUAUUUGCAGUAUAAAAUCUCGAUGUUUCAAACUCAGGCUGCUUCCUGGGGAGAUUUUGGGGGAGGGCCCAGCAAGGCCCAGGGAAAUCGAAGUUGGUUACUAAGGGCUGGUCUACACUACAGCGUUACGUUGCCUUAACUACAAAAUUACAAAAUUUUGCAUCCUGUGCAAUGUAAUGAAGCCGCCCCAAGCCCCGAUGUAGACACCACUAGGUCGGCAGAAGAGGUGGGUUUAGUACAGCACUGGAAGACCCGCUUCUGUCACUCUAGUAAGUGUGAACACGGCAGCAGCCCGGCUGCAGCGCUGCAUCUGUGCCAGUGUAGCAUUUCCUGAGCCAGCCCAUGGAACAACCUUGGAUACUAAACACGCAGACUUUUCUGCAGAGUCCCCCGUGAAAGUGACAUGGCAGAAGGGGACGGACUCUAUUAGCAUGUUUCCAAAAUGCUCUGUGUUGAAUUUCCCCCAGCUCCCUUCACCAGUGCUUUCUGCACCCUGUUUUCAACCGUACCAGGGAGGCCUGGCACCUAGGACACAAGCCGCCAAGACGCAGCCUGCAGACUCCGACAGGAAUGAUGUUUGCUGACGAGACAACCUCAGCUUGUCAGUACUUAAUGAGUAAUGGAAACAGAGAUCUAUUCGGACCAAAAGCUGAUGCCAGUUGCUCUCCUUGCAUCCAGAAGAUGGAGGAUGAGGAUCCCAGGGAAAAAUGUUUCUCCUGACUGUGAGGGGGUCUUUCUUAUCGCACAGUUGAGUUCCCUGUUUUUGGCGUCACUAAUGCAAGUUCCGUGCAGAUGGCCCUGCCAUCGGGGAUGCAGGAAAGCAGACUGUGACUGGGGACUCUGAGCUGUCCAUUUUGAAGCCCACUCCUCUCAGAACAGUUGCUGUGACCCAUGGCUGCCUCCAGCUGGGAGCCCCAUGGAGCUGGGGGAAGAGAAAUUGCUUUGGCUUUGCACUGCUCCUUCAUCAUGGGACUUCAGAGAGAAGGAACUUCUGAGCCACUUGAGGCCCACAGAUGUGGGCGAGGGUGUCGCUGGAAGCUGCCCUCAGGCUCCGUCAGUGGAGCUGGUACAUUAAGCGUUU